CUGGUUCCGCGGGCGGGGCAGAGAGCGGGUCUCGGAGUCGGAGGGAGAAGGACGUCGCUGGAGUAAGAGGAGGAAAAGGGCGCUUCGUUUUGGGGGGAGAUGGGGGUCCUCCUCCUCCGCUGGCCCCCCCUGAUCCUGUGGGCGGCUGCCCACCUGCUGCUCCUGGACUGCGCAGGCUCCACUUCUCACUCCCUGCGCUACUUCCACACAUCCGUGUCGGAGCCUGGCCAGGGGCUUCCCCAGUUCAUCGCUGUGGGGUACGUGGAUGACCAGCAAUUUGUUCAGUAUGACAGUGACACCAAGGAGAUGCUGCCUCGAGUCCCCUGGAUGAGGAAGGUGGAAAAGGAGGAUCCUCAGUACUGGAACAGGGAGACUCAGAUCGCUCAGGGCAAUCAGCUGUGGUACAGGAGGAAUCUGCAGACUCUGUUGAAUCGCUACAACCAGAGCGGAGGGAUCCACACCCUUCAGCAGAUGUACGGCUGUGAGCUGAGGUCAGAGGGGCGCAAAGGAGGGUAUAAGCAAUACAGCUACGACGGGAGAGACUUCCUCGCCUUUGACAAGGAGACCCUCACCUGGACAGCAGCCCAGACGGAGGCCGAAGUGAGCAAGAGGAAGAAGGAUCCUGACUUGGCCGGGAACCAGUACUGGAAAGCCUACCUGGAGGAGGAAUGCAUGGAGUGGCUGCAGAGAUACCUGGACUAUGGGAAGGAGACUCUGCUGAGGACAGAGGCUCCAGUGGUGAAGGUGACCAGGAAGGCAGACUAUGACGGCCUGGAGACCCUCGUUUGCCAAGUCCACGGCUUCUACCCCAAGGAGAUUGAGGCCAACUGGGUGAAGGACGGGGAGGUCUGGCAGGAGGGCACCCUCCGAGGAUUGGUCGCCCCCAACUCGGACGGGACCUACUAUCUCUUGCUCAGCGUCCAGAUCGACCCCGAGGAGAGGGAGCACUUCCGGUGCCGCGUGGAGCAUGACAGCCUGGAGAAGCCUCUGGACGUGGCCUGGGAGAAGGAGCCUGGUAACCUGGGGCUCAUUGUGGGAGCCGUCGUGGCUGCUAUCCUGCUGGUCUCUGGGAUCUCUGGGAUCAUCAUCUUCAUCAUCCGCAGGAAACGGAGCGAGAAAUUAGCCUACGAAAAAACCCCAACAAAUGAUCAGGGGUCCGACAGCUCCACCAAGGUUUCAUACCAGCCCAGUGUGUGAGAUGAGACCAGAAGGAGCCUGCCCAAGUUUGGCUGUGAAUUGCAGAGGCUCAGAGCCGCUCCCGUCCUUCAAUGCUGUUUAUGAUACUCGUUAAUCCUGGCUCUCACCCAUCUAUUCUGACUCCAUCUGUAACUAGAAUUUGAGGAUGAUCACGUUUUUCUGAUGGAUUUUGGCCGAUUGUGCUUUGCAGCUGAUUUUCAGAAAUGUGCUUGUGUUAAUCAGAAAUGUGCCAGAUAUACGCAACUAAAAGCUUUAAAAAGGGA